AUGGAGAAUAAUACGAAAAGUGAAGUUGAAUUAAGUGACUAUCAAAUUCAAGCAGCACGUCUUAAUAAACGUGAAUAUUGUCGUUUAGAACGGAAUAUUAAUUUAAUGUACGAUGAUUUACAACAACGUUUAAUUCUGUUAAAACGACAAGAACGAUAUUUAAGAUGUCAUUAUACAAAUGUUGUUAAAGUUGUUAAACCAAAUCGAAGAUAUCAAUUAUGGAAACAAGAACAUGCUUAUGAAAUAAAACAAGCUGAAAGAAAAGAUUUAAUCGAAUCAAUUGAAUUCAAACAAAAAUCUCAGUUUAAAACACAUCAACAACAAUUAAUUCCUUCGAAUGAAUUUUCAUCCCGUCCAUUAUUACUUUUAUUACAAGAUAAUAAUGUUGAAAGACCGAUUGAACCAUUAAUAGAUUUUACUGAAAAUUUUCUUCGUCCAAAAACUUCAUCAAUUGAUAAACGUCGUAUACAUUCAAUGAAAAUCACCAAUCCUAUUUUACCUUCAAAGAUAUCGACAGAUGUUCGAAAAUUAAUACAAGACAAAUCUAAUCCUGUACAAAAAAUCCGAAUUGAAGAAUUUGCUUCACAACAUCGAACUCGCAAAGGAAUCAUGCGAUCAACUAGUUCUAUGAAAUAA